UAGUAUUAACUUCCAGAGUCUCCAUUACUUUGUUACCCUUUACACUGUCACUUGGCUCUGUGGUUGAUGACAACUUCCUAAUCUGCUAUAAAGGAUGUCGCUGGUCCACAACCCCUCACUCCAACAGCACUGCUUUACAAUGAAGACCUAUGCAACUUUUUGUAUUUUGCUAGUCUGCUUCCAGCUUGCAGGUGGAGACAAAAUCAUUGGUGGCCAUGAAGCAAGGCCCCACAGUCACCCUUACAUGGCCUUCUUGUAUUUACAAAAGGGAGAGAAUUCUGAACAAUGUGGGGGAUUUCUCAUUCGUGAAGACUUUGUCUUGACUGCAGCCCACUGUGAUGCUGGAAAUAUCAAAGUUGUCCUUGGGGGUCAUUGUAUUACCUGUCAAGAAGAAUCCCAGCAGGUGAUAAAUGUGAUAAAGAGAGUCCUUCACCCAAAGUAUCGCACAUUGAAUCAUGACAUUAUGCUGCUGAAGCUGGAAAAGAAUGCCACCCUUAAUAAUAAUGUCACCCUGCUGCCAAUUCCUCCAAAGUACUUCAGGAUCCCACCUGGCACAAUCUGCUCCAUUGCUGGUUGGGGUGCUACUAGCCAUUUCCCAGUCCAGCAAAAUGGCAGACUACAGGAAACCAACGUGACAUUGCUGAACUGGGAUGAGUGCAAGGACCAAUAUGGCAAGGUUUUCACCUACAAAAUGCUCUGUGCGGGAAACGCAGAACACGAGGCUUAUGAGGGAGAUUCCGGUGGUCCCUUGGUGUGCAGAGGACUAGCAUCGGGUAUUGUAUCCUUCACAUCUGUGAUAAGGGGACAAGCCACAGUCUUCACAAAUGUGUACACAUACAGGGACUGGAUCAAGAAGGUUUUGGAGAGUAACUGAAGAAUGAAAACUUUGUAAACUUUAAAAAGCAGAAUGAGUCCUCUUACCAGUGGUUAUUAAAGGAAAUUUUUGUAAGCCUUUUUAGCUUUUACACUGCUGUUUAUUCACCAGAUGUUUGAGACAAUAAAGUUGGACAUAUAUUUUUUUUUCUAAAAA